GUGGCUAGAUGUAUAUCCAGAGACGCGCCUGAAAGGAGGCCCAAGAGGUUUAUCAGAUCACUGCCCUUUGAUCAUGGAAGAUAGUAGAAAAUUUGAUGGCCCGAGACCAUUCCGAAGCUUGGAUUCGUGGUUCACACAUGAAGGGUUCUUGAGAAUGGUGAAAGAAGAAUGGAGGGGAUUAGGUAACAUGCAAUUCCUAGAGAAGAUGAAAGCACUGUCAGCCCCACUCCGCAUAUGGCAUAAACAGCAUUUUGGAAAUAUGAAUGAGAGAAUAAAAAGGUUUGAGGCAGAAAUACAGAAGGUGGAUGAUAUGGUUAGUAGUGGGCACUAUGAUGGUACAAUGGAGGCAAGGAGAAGGGCACUAGUGAAGUGCUGUGAAAAGUGGUAUGUGAGACAGGAGAUGCACUGGAAGCAAAUGUCUAGGUCGCGGCAUGCUAAAGAGAUGGACAGGAACACAACCUAUUUCCACAAGAUUGCAUCGGCAAGAAGAAGGAAUAACCGGAUUGAGUCUUUGAUAAUCAAUGGAAGGAUAGUCAGGAAUCAAGCAAGAAUCAAAGUUGCAAUUCAGGACUUCUAUAAAAGACUGUACCACCAGGAAAGUUCUCCAAGUGUAAGCUUUAGAGAUGGAUUAGUUAAUCGAUUGGGGAGGGAGGAAGCGAAGGCUUUAGAGGUGUUACCAUCAGUAGAAGAGGUGAAAGAGGCAGUGUGGGAUUGUGAAUCUUCUAAGGCUCCAGGGAGUGAUGGGUAUAACAUGAAUUUUCAAUAAAAAUGCUGAAACUUAAACUAAAGUACGAAUGAUUUGUUGUGAAUACAUAUCUAAUUUUCUCCAUCAAAUAGGUCAACUAUAACAAGUGUAGUUGGACCAUUACUUCCUUUCCGCGUCUGUUUGAUUUGAU